CAAGAACGAAAUAAAUAUUGCCAGGCUGUGCCACGAGAGAUCAAUUUGCAAGCCGGUUGCUUUUGUUUUCCUUUUUUCUAAUCUUUUUCCCGCGUACUUGUAGUUUCGAAAUUACGGCCGCAUCGACCAUCACUGCUAGCCAGUCGCAACGACAGCUGGCUGCUCCGGUCUCGUCCUUCGUUUCGCCCCUCCUUCUUUUCUAUCACCGCUCCUUGUCGUGGCCUUUUCGCACCAGAUCAACUUGUUUCGCGGUUGAGCCACUAUGACAACUCGUUUCGCGCAGCCGACUUUUACCGCCAACGACGUCCCAGUACCAACAACACGACUCCCACUGUCUACGGGUACCACCAUUCGACGUGCUAAGACACUCACUCGCCCGGAGCGUAGUGUUGCACCCGUACCCCUUAUCAAUCCAACUCCCUCGCUCGUACCUAACGCAUCUGGCUCAAUAUCUAAUGGUUUUCUUGGAACUGGCGUCGAUCCUUGGCGGCUUUUCUCCAGAAUAAUCACAUUCUGGGCACCAUCCUUUCUGCUUAGUUCUUUUGCUGGUUUGAGGGACAAGGCAAAGAUACAGGCCUGGAGGGAGAAGAUUGCUUUGUGCUUCAUAAUCUUCCUCCUCUGCUGCUGUGUCGCAUUCGUCACCGUUGGCACAGAAAAAGUCCUGUGUCCAAAUACCUCAAGUACCGCGAUCUAUACCCUCCUCGGAUCCGUUGCCGGCACACUGAGUAUAGAGGGUUUCAUGUUCAAUGUGUCUUCAGCAAGGAGCCCUUCAGGCGUCGACCUUCUCGCUCUUGCUCAGCAAGGGCCAGGUCAAGAUAUCACUCCUUACUUCACUCGGAGCGCCUCCGAGUUUACUGCUUGUAAUGGCUUGUCUUUCCAUAUUGCCACCGAUAAUCCUUGUAGCACCACUACGUCUUGUCCUCUGGGCCCCCUCAACUCCUCAGCCACACUUACCGGACUUAACAUCCAAGAAACGACCAUGCUUCUCGGCUAUGAUUGGGACCAAGUAGCCAAUCUUUCUAAUUACUUCGUCAUCGACGGCGCUGUUCUCAACAUGAACCCGUACAUCACUCUUCACCCUACCCCUGUAGCAUCAGAUAAUGUCGACCUCGCAAUCCGCACAGUCCUCAGCCAGCCUGCAAAUAGCGGAAAAGAUGCUACCCACUUGUUCUACAGUCGUAGCGAUAUACGAUCUGCGGUCCCUUGUCUCAUGCAGCGCUACUAUGCCGGUAGUAUUGCAAAGGUCACACCCGGUUGCUUCAUCUCUUCCUUAUUUCUCUACGUCGGCCUUAUUGUUAUAUUGGGGCUCGUCUUGUCACGCUUCGCCAUGGCCUGUGUAUUCAAUUGGUUCAUUUCUGCGCGGCUGGCCGGUCCUCCAGACAACGCGGAUUUGAACCGAACAGUGAUCAGUCCUGCGGUCAUGCCGGAGGGUGCCAAUAUCUCUGUUGAUAACAGAACUGGCGUCGCCCCAUGGGCUGGUCCCGGAGGCACAAAGAAACUCAUAAAAUCUGCCAAGAACUCCCGAAGCUCCGCUGUAAUGUCAAACGCGACGCUGGUUCCUCCGGAACCCAGUCAGACGAUUACUCUGGCGCAAAUCGGUGCUGAAUUGUUUGCUGUGUGUUUGGUCACAUGUUACUCGGAGGGCGAGGAGUCGCUGCGGACCACUCUGGACUCCAUAUCCCUAACAUCAUACUCUGACCGUAGGAAACUGCUGUUUGUCAUCGCUGACGGCAUGAUCACUGGCGCGGGAGAAAAGAGGAGCACACCGGACAUUUGCGUUAGCUUGCUCAAUGCUGAUCCCCGUUUUGGAGACCCAGUCCCAAUGAGUUACCUCGCCAUAGGUACAGGGGCGAAGAGGGAAAACCGUGCAAUGGUUUACGCUGGUCAUUACACCGUUGCUGGUCGUCGUACUCCUACAUUGAUUGUUGUAAAGUGUGGAACGGAAGUAGAGGCUUCUACUGACAAAAAACCCGGAAACCGUGGCAAACGCGACAGUCAACUUAUUCUGAUGAACUUCUUUUCUCGUGUUACCUACAACGACCGGAUGACGCCGCUUGACUUCGAUAUAUUUAGAAAGAUCCAAGUCCUGAUGGGUGUAACGCCCGAUUUCUUUGAAGUGUGUCUAAUGGUUGAUGCAGAUACCAAGGUCUUCCCUGAUUCGUUGAAGUAUCUCGUCAACUGUAUGCACCACGACCAGAUGAUUAUGGGUGUCUGUGGGGAGACGCGGAUAGCCAACAAGCGCCAGUCAUGGGUUACAGCCAUCCAGGUCUUCGAGUACUUCAUAUCCCACCACCUCGCAAAAGCUUUCGAGUCGGUAUUUGGUGGUGUUACGUGUCUCCCGGGCUGCUUUUCGAUGUUUCGGCUCAAGGCUCGGAAAGCAAAUGCAGACGAUUGGGUACCCCUCAUCAUUAAGCCAGAAAUUGUUCGCGAAUAUAGCCAGAGCGAGGUUACUACUUUGCAUCAGAAGAACCUUCUUCUACUUGGAGAAGAUCGCUUUCUAACGACCAUCCUUCUCCGUACAUUCCCUAACCGCAAGAUGAUGUUUUUACCACAAGCUCGUUGCCGUACAGUUGUCCCCGACACGUUCUCAGUUCUCCUUUCCCAACGACGACGUUGGAUCAAUUCGACGGUCCACAACCUGAUGGAACUCAUUCUCGUGCGCAAUCUCUGCGGUACAUUCUGUUUUAGCAUGCAGUUUGUUGUUUUCAUGGAUCUACUCGGUACCGUCGUUCUUCCAGUCGCUAUCAUCUUGACAUAUAUGCUGGUUGCCGGAAUGGUUCUGGAACCACCAGAGACAUUCCAGGAGACGAUCCCGCUGUUGUUGCUGUGCUCUGUACUCGGUCUCCCCGCGGUCUUGAUCUUGAUUACGACCCGCAAGGUUGUGUAUGUAUUCUGGAUGUUCAUUUACCUUUUGGCACUUCCUGUCUGGAACCUUAUACUGCCCGUGUACGCAUUCUGGCACUUCGAUGACUUCUCAUGGGGAGAGACAAGAAAAGUGGCGGGCGAGGCCAAGGGAGAGGGUCACGACUUGGGCGGUGGUGUAUUUCAUGGAGCGUCCGUUCCUUUACGUCGUUGGGAGGAUUGGGAACGGUCGCGACUUCGCAAGUUGAAACGAGAGGAACGGCGGAGGCGAGAGAUGGAACGUAUGCACCCUGGCGGUUUCCUUUCUCCCGAUAAUGAUCUUCUCAGCGUACGCACGGGAAGUCAACAUGAUGGCUCGGAUACCUAUUCUCUCACUUCUUCUGACGACGAUCACUGGGGGUCACAGAUUGGUCCAUACAACGAGAACACUGCACCACACGCUCCACCCCCGGUGGGUCCCUUCCCAGUACCACACACGGGUAACGACAGCAAGUUCCUCGAUGGUGUAGAACUCGAGGCCAUGCUUGAGACGGGUUUUGAUGACGACUCCAGUCCUUCGCCGUCACAGACACCAACACUUGGGCCUCGAUAUCAUCUAUCUGAUAACCCCUCGCACCAACACCUCAUGGGUUAUUCCUCCGUGUUAUCAGCAGGUUCCUAUGACGAUCCACGGACCCCUACAUCUACAUCUCCAGCUAUUUCGUUUCCGAAUGCUACCCAGAGCUCAGACGACCGCGCGCGACGGCGACCGGCCCAGGCAUAUGGACCUCUUGGACCUCUAGACCCAGGAGAAUGUGCAUAAAAAUGAACUUUGUCUUGGUGCUUGUUCACCCGUAUUGGUAUCCGUAUCCCUUCCUUUACUACCGUUGUUGAACACAUACCGGUCAUGACCUCCCUUAUUAUCUGUCAUUCAACAAAUUCCAACGAACCUACAUUUCAUGGUCUGCUUGCAUAUUCGGAUGGCUUUCUGGAACACCUACUCUGCCUUCGUAGU